AGCCAUUUGUACGAAGAGAGAUUACUGCUCCUCUCUCUGUCCCUCCAUCGUUUCUGUCCUCCUUUCUGAUUCCCUAAACCCAUCUCAGAUUUCUCUUCCAGGAUGGAUUUUUUGUUUGUAUUCAAGGUGUUAUGGGGUCUCGUGGGAAAUCAUCUCUCCCAAUGUCUUUGUAGCCAGGAAUGUUACAUCAGCAAUCUCAACGAACAUGUCGAAGAUUUGGAGACUGCGAUCCAAAGGCUCAAAGACAAACGGGCCGACGUUUUGAGAACGAUCUCCGACGAAGAAAAAAAAGGUUUCGUACGGCGCAAUCGAGUUGGAGGAUGGCUUUUGAGGGUCGAAAAAAUUGAAGUCAAAGUAGGAAAGCUGCUGGAUGCAAAGGCGACCGAACUCGACAGACUGUGUUUGUAUGGAUAUUGUUCCACUAAGCUCAAAUCCAGUUAUGAUUACGGCAAGAAGGUGCAGAAGAAUUUGAAAGAAAUUGCAGGCCUUGAAAAAGAGGAAGGGGAUUUCGAUGGGUUGGUGGACAAACCUCCGACACCUACGGUGGAGACAAAGGAUAUCCAAUCCAAGCUAGUCGGUUUGGACUCGUUGAGGCAAAGGGCUUGGGAUGGUCUAAUGAAAGAUGAAGUCGGCAUCUUUGGGCUUUACGGCAUGGGGGGAGUAGGUAAGACCACCCUCCUUAAACACAUCAAUAACAACUUCUCCCAAGUCGAAAAAGAAUUCGACAUUGUGAUUUGGGUCGUGGUGUCUCGGGUUUCACCCAUCGAGAGUAUCCAAAAGCAAAUCGGGGCAAGAUUAGGCUUUGGUGAACAGGCAAAGGGCUCCGACAUACGUAAUGCUCUUAGUGGAAAGAGAUUCGUUUUGUUCUUGGAUGAUUUAUGGAGUGAAGUAGAUUUGAGUGAGAUAGGAGUUCCAUCUCCGACCGAAGAAAAUAAAUACAAAGUAGUGUUCACCACUCGUUCGGAGAAAAUAUGCAUUCGGAUGAAUGCUGAUGACAAGAUGGAAGUUAAAUGUUUGUCAGAUGUUGAUGCGUGGGACUUGUUUCAAAGGAUAGUCGGAGAAAUGGCAUUGACGAGUCACCCAGAAAUUCCCAACCUUGCUAGACAAGUUGCUGAAAAAUGCGGUAAUUUACCACUUGCGCUCAACGUCAUUGGCAAGGCAAUGGCUCCUAAAAACUCGGUAGAGCAAUGGCGUCAUGCAAUCAAUGUCCUGGAUUCAUCUAGCCCUAAGUUUCCUGGUAUGAAAAGUGAGAUUCUUCAAAUUCUGAGAUUUAGCUACGAUCACUUAGAGAACGAAGAGGUCAAAAUGUGCUUUCUGUAUUGUGCUCUGUUUCCGGAAGAUCAUAAAAUAGACAGAGAGCAGCUGAUAGAUUAUUGGAUAUGUGAAGGAUAUAUAAACACAAAAGGUUCCGGAGAUAGAGACAAAGCUCUUGACGAGGGUCAUGAUAUAAUCAGUACGUUAAUUUCUGCAUAUCUGUUGAUGGACAAUGAUCCAGGAAAUUGUGCGAAAAUGCAUGAUGUGAUUCGUGAGAUGGCCCUUUGGAUAGCAUCUGACUGUGGGAAGCGGGAAGAGUGCUAUAUCGUGAAAGCCCGUGAGAGAUUACGUCGGGUUCCUGACAUCCAAAACCGGAAAGAAGUGAGAAAGAUGUCGCUGAUGAAUAAUGAGAUAGAGGAGAUAGAUGGAGAUGCCAACUGCCCUGAGCUUACAACCUUAUUCCUCCAGACAAACAAAGUGAAGAAGAUUUCUGGCGAAUUCUUUCGGGGUAUGCGGAAACUUAUGGUCUUGGAACUAUCGUGGAACCACAAUCUUGUGGAAUUGCCAGAAGAAGUAUCGCAGCUAGCCUCCUUGCGAUAUCUCGACUUAUCUGUUACAGCGAUUAAGCAGUUACCGGCUGGUUUACAAGAGCUGAGAGAGCUAACACACUUGAACUUAGAGUUUACGUGCGGCUUGGCAGGUAUUGGAUGGAGGAUAUCAAGUCUGCGGAAUCUGCAAGUGCUGAGAUUGUUCUCGUAUGGUGUUAAGUGCGAUCUACAGCUACUGGAGGAAAUACAACAGCUGGAGCAUUUAGCAGACUUGACAAUAACUGUAAACGGUGAGGCUGCGGAAAGAUUUCUAGGCAUCCGCCGUUUGACAAGUAUUACUCGACAAUUACGAAUUGAAAGAUCGUCGGCAUCAGUUUUAGUAUUUGACCCUGCAGCUUUGGGCAGUCUACGAUGGCUUGAGAUUGAAGACUCUGAUAUCUGGGAGAUAAAGGUUCCCAUUGACGACAGUCUGUCCACCCCACGCUUCAGUAACCUCUCCCAGGUUUUGAUAUUCAACUGCAGGAGUCUGAAGGAUCUGACGUGGCUGUUGUUUGCCCCAAAUCUUGUUUCACUGGUAGUAUGGGACUCGCCGCAAGUGGAGGAGAUCAUAAACGGAGAAAAAGCGGAAGCUAUUAGGAAUGGGCAACCACCCAUCACGCCCUUUGAAAAACUUGAACGCCUUGAGCUGCUCCAAUUGAAAAAGCUGAAGAGCAUCUGUCCGGGCACUCUGCCUUUUCCAAACCUCAACCAUAUCGAGGUAUGGCACUGUCCGGAGCUGAGAAGGCUUCCCCUGGAUUCUGAGAGCGCCAAGAAGGGUAUCCGAUUGAUGCGGGUGGAGAGAAGUUGGGCAGAGAGAGCUGAGUGGGAGGAUGAUGCUACCAAGCAGCGGUUCUUACGUCGUUCACUCUGAAAACCCAUUUCAGAUGAUUAUUAUUAUUAUUAUUCUCCUAUUUAAUUAUAUGCUUCUGAUGCUCUCUGUAUCAUAACCCUUUGGAUUGAUCUUUUUAUUUUUCUUCCCUUUUCGUUGGGUAUCUUCUGGUGGUGCCGUGUGAUUGUUUUUUGCAAUUCUGCGUCUCAUUAUAUCCCUCUCAAGAGCAGCUUCUGAUUA